AUGCUCCUACGUCGCUUGGCUUUCGGCGCGCUACUUCACCUAGUCGCCGCAGCGUCUAACGUUUCAGUGACAAUCCAAAAUGGAACUUACACCGGCGUAUCCGUACCAUCUUUCAAGCAGGAGAUGUUCCUCGGCAUGCCUUUCGCUCAACCGCCUGUCGGAGACCUCCGCCUACGGGCACCCCAAACCCUAAACACUUCGUGGUCUGGAUCCAGGAACGCUACCAAUUACAGCCCAAUCUGCAUCGGUUAUCCAAUAGCAUUCGCCAAUGACGACCUUGGACAGGAGCUCAGCGAGGAUUGUUUGACGGUGAAUGUGAUUAGACCUGAGGGUUAUGGUGAAGGAAGCGAUCUCCCGGUUAUGCUCUGGGUUUAUGGUGGAGGUUUCGCCAUGGGUGGUAGCGCCGACCUUCGUUACAAUGGCAGCUGGAUUGUACAACGAAGCGUUGAAAUGGACCAACCAAUCAUCUUUGCGAGUUUCAACUAUCGCGUCUCUGUGUUUGGUUUCCUGUUUGGGCAAGAGAUCGCAGAUGAAGAAUCAGGAAACUUUGGUUUAUUGGACCAACGCAAGGCAAUGGAGUGGGUGCAUGAGAACAUCGGCGCUUUCGGAGGUGACGCUUCGAAAGUGACUCUCAUAGGCGAGAGUGCCGGCGCAAUCAGCAUCGCUCAACAGCUUCUCGCACUCGGAGGUGCCCCGACUUCACUCUUCCGUGGCGGUAUUCUCGAGUCUGGAACGGCGCUGAGCUGGCAGUACAAGACCCUGAACGAGUCGCAAGCCGUAUAUGACAUCGUCGUCAAUAAUACUGGAUGCUCGACUUCCAACGACACCCUUGCGUGUCUCCGCUCUGUCGAUAUUGACACCUUCGUUGCUGCAACAAACGUAUCUACGGUGUCCGCAGGCCCGGUCAUCGACGGGCAUUUCCUCCGGGAGGCAGUCACAGUUGCGAUGGAUUCGGACGCCACUGUUAAGGUGCCACUACUUCUCGGCCAGAACUCCGACGAAGGCUCGGCUUUCGGUGUACGCGGUUUGGAUAAUGAGACGGCUCUCAUCGAUGCGCUGCUUGCAUCCUACCAGUUGACGAACGAGAGCGUUAGCACCAUUCUAGAGCAUUAUCCCGAUGAUCCUUCCAUUGGAUGCCCUUUCCAUACUGGUGACGGACUUCUCUCUACGGGCGCACAGGAUAAGCGCAGCCUGGCGAUCUACGGCGACAUAGUCAUGCACGCUCCUCGUCGUGCUCUGGCAGAGACCAUGUCAAAACACAAGGACGUUUUCAGCUACCGGUUCGACCAGAUACCCGACAAUGCAACGAUUGAGACUGGCGUGUCACACUUCCAAGAGGUGGCCUUUGUAUUCAGCAAUCCCCUUCCGACGCAAAACCCUCUUUCGAAGCGAGCCGGCGACGCCGAACUUGCAAAACUUAUGACCAGCUACUGGGUGUCGUUCGUUGCAAAUCAGGAUCCCAACCACACUGAGAUCGAUGGCGCUCCUACAUGGCCAAAUUAUCGCGACGCGCCCAAGAACAUCGUCUUCAAGCGCAAGGGUAGCUUCAUCGAGGAUGAUGUCUACCGUAAGAGCGGUAUCGAAUUUAUCAACAAACUAGGACCGGAGCUGGAGCACUGA